AUGGAUAUCGACCACGCACCGAAUAUUCCUAAUAUUGAUACGGAGCUUCGAGUCAACAGGCCUGGAUUCGGAGACUGGGAUGAGGUAUUUCAAGAUAGUAGUGGUGAGGGUGAUGGUCAAGUCCAUGGGGAGGGAACACCGACUCACUUGGACUUCAUUGACUGGCAUCCCGAACCCUCUCAAACAUAUGGCAGGGGGUACACUUUCCUUGACCUGUUUCAUUCUGACAUGAACAGCGUGUAUCGGACAGCAAACCACUAUUACCCGUUUAGUGGCUGGAAAGACUGGGAGGUUGCAUUGUGGCUACUACAUUCAGGGUUGAGCAUGGCGAAGAUCAACACUUUUCUUUCACUCGAGAUGAUUAAAAGUCUUCCCUUGUCUUUUUGUUCAGCCAAGGAACUACGUGGUCGAGUGGAAAUGCUGCCCAGUGGUCCACCCUGGUUGUCCCAAGUAAUCCCUACUGUGCAUCUGACAAAACUACCUGUCAUCCUGUAUUGGUGUGAUCCCCUGGACUGUAUCGCGGGCAUUUUAAAUCACCCUUUCUUUCACAAUCAGAUAGAUUUUACGCCUCGCAGGUCAGCCCUGCCAAGAGGUGCAAUGCUCCUUGGGACAAUCUUGUCAUCUGACAAGACCAAUAUCUCCAUGAUGAUGGGUGACAGAGAUUGCCUAAUUCAUGAAUGCUUGAACAUUGUGCUACAUCCCCUCAUGCAGGCUGCUCAUGAAGGAGUCAUGUUAUCCGAUCCUCUGUGCGUCAUUCGGACAAGGGCUGAUCCCGACGAUAUUGAAACAUUCUUUCAUGAAGCUCAGAAGUUUCGCCUAAAUGGCGUAUCUCAACCAUUCUUUGAGAAUUGGGUCCUUUCUGAACCAUCCCAUUUUUUCACUCCUGAGACUCAUCACCACAUUCACCAGGAGUUCUAUGACCAUGAUGUGAAGUGGCUUGUUUGUGCAGUCGGGGACACUGAGCUCGAUUUUCGCUUUUCUGUGUUACAGCCCAUCACAGGGUUUCAUCAUUUUCACAGCGGCAUUUCGAAGCUAAAACAGGUUACAGGGUGCGCUCAGCAUGACAUCCAGCGCUUGAUCAUUGCGGUUAGUGCAGAUGCAGUACCUAGUGCUGUGAUCACUGCCAUCCGAGCUCUGAUGGACUUUCACUAUCUUGUGCAGUCACUUUGGAUUGAUGACCGCGAUCUCGAGCGCAUUUCUGCAGCGCUGGACGAAUUUCACGCCAACAAAGAUGCUAUCAUAGCUGGCGGAUUUCGUCGCGGUCAGCGUGGUGGAGUCAUCGAUAACUGGUAUAUCCCGAAGAUCGAGCUUAUGCAGAGCAUAGUUCCAAGUAUCCGAAACAGUGGAGUUAUCAUGCAAUGGACUGCUGACACUACAGAACAUGCACACAUCACCGAAAUCAAAGAUCCCACACGCUCAAGCAACAACAAUGAUUAUGAUUCACAAAUCUGUCAUCAUCUAGACCACGCUGAUAAAUGCCGUCGCUUCGAACUCACCACGAGUCUGCUGGACAAUAUGUCAGGCUCAAAGCAGCAGAUUCAUACAGGUCACGGUGAUGCUGUCAAUGACAAUGUUGAUUUCGAUGUCGACAACGAUCAUGACAUCCCAGCAGAGCUUCUUGUGAUUAUCAAGUGUCCUGGCCAUUCAUGCCCCAUUAUCAAUUACUUUGCAAUUGCGAAGCUCCUCCAGGCCAGGGAGGUGGGGACGGUCCCUGUGCCAUUGCGCUCGUUCUCUGUUGGAUGCACAUCAUUUCAUCUUACUUAUGAACCAUCCAUCAGAACCAUUUCUGUUGAUGCUGCCGCUCUCAAGUUUGGCCUUCCUGAUCUGCGACCAGCCAUUGCCGACUUUCUUAGUUGUGAAGCUGCUCAUGGGCAGGAUUUUGUUCAUAUCAUUAGGGGGGCUAGGAGAGCUGUACCCGCCACUUCACUUCCAUUCGAAAAGCUUCAAGUCUGGUUUAAACUUCAAUUGCAGGAUACUGAUUUUCACGACAUUAGUAUCAUAUGGCCUGCCCAAACCUUGAAUUGUUCACCACCCUCUGGUGUCUGGACCUGCGGCCGAUGCUCAUGGCCUACCGAUGGGCUUCGUGGUACGUUCUCCUCUCCUGCCAUACUAAUUAUUCUCAUUAUAAACUCUCAGGGCACACUGUCAGACCGCUUCCUCACCUAUGUGUAUCACAUUGACGUCAUUUUACAAGGUGGAAGCAAUCGUGAGCCGAGUAUGCAACUGCACAUGCUCAAACGAGCGAAGCGUUCAAAUGGUACUCGGGUGGGUGAUAUUGUACCAGUUUCGCAGUUUAGGGCACCUGUCAACCUUGUCCCUCGCUUUGGUGCAAGUGCGUACAAUCUUCUCACCCCAUAUAAUGGUAUGGAACAUGCUUCAGAGUUUUGGCUAAAUAAAUACUGGGACAAAAAUACAUUCUUCCCUCUUUCUAUGUAG